UUGCUACGUCAUAUUAAUUUAUGACGUCAGAUAGUGGAAAAUAGGAUGUGAUAAAAAAAAAGAUCAUUAACGGUGUACACAGUACGUUGUGGUUACUAAAAUGCAAGACAGCAACAUCUUAUAUAGGUAUACCCCACAAAACGUUAUCAGCUUGGAGAAGACAAGUUGACUCCAGGGUUUGUCAAACAGCUAGAACAGUAUUACUCGCGGUCUGGGACAACCGACAAAGCUCUGUGUUUGGAGCUGAUAUCGACUCUCAAGUUAAAAGAUCAAAUACAAACUCCACACUACAACAAUAAGUACAGACCGAGAACCGCUAUGCCUUCUCUAGGUGGUACGUGUCACCCGUCAAGUGACAUAUGUAACCCGUAUUGCACGACCUACAAGAGUGAGUACUACCCUAGGAAACACGGAUCAACCACUGGGUUCAGACCGUUGACGUCACAAGGAUUCACGAACACUUUCAAUUUGUGCGACCCACUUGAGAGCACGACGUACGCGCGUGAGUACGGCCGGAAGCCACAGUGCCGAUCAGACCCUUUCCGUACUGGAACUGCCUCGGGGUGCAGGGCCAACAAGCCCCACCCACCUCAGUCCUUCAUGGUUUGGCGUUUCCCGUCCAACUCGAAAGUUCCCGACGAGAACCGCGUUAGUGAGGAGCUGAUGAACGAGAAGAUCAACCAGAUCCACAAGAGAAUGUGUUCGUCCACCUACAAGAACGACUACCUCGGCAUACCACAAGGAUUCCAGGUGCACAGUGCCUUCAACAACCCGCCGGAUUAUCGAGACUGCGCCCCGUACUCGCUGAACACCAGCCAGCGAUACUCAUACCAGGGAACGACCCAGGUCCCGACUCUACAAGCCCCCACCACCCGAUAUGGUAGCAAUAAGAACAAACAUAUAUACCCUACCGGCUUAAUUCCUACGUCAAACGACAUCGUGAACCAGAUGAAGAAGAACACGACUUACGAUCACCACUACAACGACAAGGCGUGUGACGUAGUGCGACAGAUCCGAGAACGAGGCCAGAGGCUUGAGGCGGAGGCGUGGAAGAAGUUCGAGGACACGGUCCAGAUGAGAAUCGAGGGUCAGAGGUGCGCGGCCCUGGCGGCCAAACACGACGACGAAGAAUCACCAAUAGUAGGCAUGCGUCCUGGGAAAUGCCGCCCAACCUGCCCUAAAACCGCGAGGUCACUGUCACGUGCACGGCCAAUGGUCCCCGAAUGCACAGAGUACACAGACUUCGUCUCACGUGUAGCACCACCUAACGCUGUAGACUGCACCGCUUCCCCGGGCUGUGUUGCGCAGACGACGCCGUGCGUUUCGGAUGACACGUCGUACGAACUGCGCACUGGCUACUCCCCAGCAGCUCCCAAUAACUCCCCUUUGAAUCACACUUAACUUGAUGCACUGCUUUUAACAUAAUAACAAUUCUUCUUCUUGCCUUUGUGUGUGUGUGUUAUUAGUCAUUUUUUGUAUUGACCUGUACAUGUGUUGUACAAUUUGCUUAUGUAGCUUUAAUGUCUUACCCUUGAAGAUGAAAGCAAUGUUAUGUAUUAUGUAAAUAAUGUAGCACUCGCUAUUAUUAAUGUAAAAAGCACAAAAUGAACUGUAUUAUAAUAAUCUGCUUUAUAAGGCAAUAUUGUUCUAUGGACUUAGUAUAAGACAUAUUUUUUUCUUGUUUUAAAUAUUUAAAAAACCCAGAACGUUAUAAUAUAUAUUCUGAAUAUAAUUGUGAACAUGUUUCUAUUUUAUCUAUAUUUAUUAUUUGCAUUUCUUGUGAUAUUUAUGUCUGUUUGUUAUACAGUGUGUGUGCGUGAGCGCGCGCGCGCGCGCGUGUGUGUGUAUGUGCGUGCGUGUGUGUGUGUGUGCGUGCGUGUGUGUGUAACUUGUUUUUGCUGGAUUUAAGUUUUUAACCAAUAUUAUUAUAUGUGGUUAACAUAACUAACUGGUUUCGUUUUUUCCAUAAGAAUGUAUGUAGAGAACACUACGUUUUGCCACGAGGCGGAACAGACAUUGCUAUCUGUUAUGUAUUAUGGUUCUAAUUACGUUUUGAUUCAUAAGACUACUCUUCGUGUCUUGUAAGCUUUCAUUAGUAUAAUCAUUUGUUGGCAUCUUUUAGACAUCUAACAUGUUGAAUGGAUUUUUUUUUUUUUUUAAUUUAUAUAUAUAUAUAUUUUUGCCUGUACCAUAGUAAUAAUAUACCAUGCAUGUGCUAUAAAAUCUAACACUAAACACAGACGAUUCUGAGAGUAUGCAUGUAUUCCCAUCCCGCAUCCCCCCCCCCCCCCCCCCCCCCCCCCAUAUAACGGACACGAGAUAGGCCAUCUUACACCGACUUCUGUCUUAUGUUGUUACUGAUUCGGUGCUGGGGUGUCGAUAAACAUUAAUUCGUCCUGGUCCAUUGCGUUGACUGCCACCAGAAACGAGGAACGACAACACCGUUAGAAUAUCCAAGGUCCUAAUUCUUCGCCAGACAAAACCCAAAGAAUCUUUUGAAAUCUGAGUAGCCUGUCAUUGUGUAUGACAAAUCGUCCCAGACUGCACUUGAUAAUAGGGACGUCUUCUGACAUGCAUACAUCGACACCAGCCAUGACGAGUUGGGGGCGGGGAGGUUGUAAAACACGCCCAAUAUAGCACUGUAUUAAAACCAUUAAUGAAAAUGAUGCCUUAAGUUCAGCCAGCGAACGUUUCGCUAACGUUCGCGAACUAUUUGAUUGGUUCCCGAAGUGGCCAUUUGGUUUAACGCGAAGCGCAUAAACCAGUCUUGCGGGCUUUUUUCUGCUCGGUCUGGCUGAACGAAAUCAUGGUGUCUACCUAAUAUAUUAGCAUUCACAUUUGUAAAGAAAGAAAGAAAAAAAAGGGAUAAGUGGACAUUAAGUUAAUUUUACCAACCAUAUUAUUAUUUUCUUUUAAAUGCACUGGAAACAGAGAGUCUGCUUUAAAUGUUGUUAUUGAUGUCUUCUUUUCUAUACACCAAAAGCUAAAGUCACGAGCAGAAAAGAAGACGCUGCACGUGCUUCAGGUUCAGCGAAGGGAAAUAACUCGUUCUGCCCUAUUCCACACGUGCAGUUACCUUCCGGGGAGAACUCUGCAAAAUUGAUGAGGAUCUCUGAAUGGCCAGGGCCACUCGGACCCUGGUGAAAACUGCCAGUAUUUUGACUCUGUGCCUUCUUGGGGGCGGGCGUGUGUAUGGACGACCCUAUGGUGUGCUUUCUGUUUAUUUGAUAAUUAUAUUAUGUAGAAGUUUACUUGCUCAGCUCAAAACAGGUACUAGUCACAUUGUGUGUGCGUGUGUUUUCUGUCUAGCUUCAGGCCAGAUUUCACGUUGUCGGGUAAAGCUCGAUUCGCGGUUCAAAUUCAGUUUGAGAUCGAUCAGUUGAACGUUUCACGUUAAUGAUUCAUUCAGUCUUAAUAUUUGCUCGAAAUAUGCUUGAACUGAAUGAUUUUGCAUAUGAAAUUGUUUCUUACAUGAUCGAAGGUUCAUUGUGAACCGAGUUUAUCUGAGCCGCUUAGUUCAAGAUGUAUUUAUAACAACCUCUUACAUUUGAACCGCCGACGAGAAAUCGGGUCGUCGUAUUACGCCUAUAAUAUUUUAUAGUUAAAUAUAUUUGUACAUCCAUGACCAUUAUUGUUUUCUGUGUAAAUAAUUUUAUAUCUGUUUCUGAUACAUUUUUCAUUAUGUAAAACUCUUUUAUAUUUUUUAUGAGGUAGUUUUAAAUUUAUUUACAAAUAUAUUCUUAGAUGAAGUAUUUAUUACUCCAGGUACAUACAUUCCAGUAAUAUAUAUAUAUAUUAAAAUGAAAAUAUUAUUUUUACAUAGAUCCAUAUCUGUGAUAUUGUAAGAAACAUGUUCCCAGUAAAUUAUAAUAAUAUA